CCCAACUGUGUUGCUGCGGACUUCGUAUUUUGAGUACUUUAUUAAAAGACUCGCAGCCUUUUCAUUAUUAGUAUUAUUUUAUUAGAAAAACACAACAACAAUAACAACAUCAUGUCCACCGCCAUGACUUUCGGGGCGAAGAGUUUUAAACCUCGGGCUCCCGAUAAAGGCUCGUUCCCUCUGGACCACUUCGGAGAGUGUAAGGCCUUCAAGGAGACGUUCAUGAAGUGCCUGAGGGACAACCACUUCGACAACUCGCUGUGCCGACUGCAGUCCAAAGACUACCUGCAGUGCCGCAUGGACAAUCAGCUGAUGGCCAAGGAGCCUCUGGCCAAACUGGGCUACAAGGACCUGUUGGAUCCUCCUCCCAGCCCGGCAGACGGAGACCCUAAACCCUAAACUGCUGCUCCACCACAAUGUUUUGGGGGAGAAAGAAAUGGAAGCUGCGAACUCAACGUACCAAAAGCUUUGGGAAAGCCCCAAAAAAAGCUCAUUCAGGGCAAAAGACUGCCGAGUCGGCGUGAAGCCGAGACUUUGAGAUCGUGGGCUUACAAGAGGACUUGUAUAUAUGAUAUAUGUGGAGAUGUCAAUAAAUAUUUUGUAUUUGUGCGACGGUGCCGUCAGACUAACGUGUUGAUGGGGACACGAGGGGUCUCACUUAUCUAUUAAAGACACGAUGAAAUGG